UGGAAAAGAUUUAGGAGGCAUCGCAGCGCAGAGUAAAAGAGCUGUCUGGAACGAUGUACUCUGAAUCGACUACAUUAUUCCAAAAAAUUUGUUUGCAGAUAUUUGAUUUCCAUAGCCUUGCACUGUCGAGGCAGCAAUGUCAAAGUAGCAGUUGAGCUUGAAAGAAGGAUCAUGAUGCUUGUUCUCGAAGCUCCAUGAACACCAGGAAGUGAUCUCAAAUGUCAUGGCCGGUCUCCUAAUCAAAUAAGUCAACCACCGGAAAUCAGACAUUUGUCCCAUGUCAUUAACGGACGGACAGGUGCCCGAUAAAGACCCUCCGGUGCCAGCUCCAGCAAAUUCUACGUUUGAGCUCCGACAAAGUUGUGUUCUCAGAUUUCUUGCACUGACCAAAUCACAUGUUCUUCCUCCUCAUUAAAUUUUGGUUUACAUUGAGCUCAGUUGAUGACAGUAUACAAUCUGCAGACGCAACAAAUAAUGUGAAAGAUAUUGAUUGCAGGAAAAGAUAUCCGAUUUGGUAACUCGAGCAUAGAUCAAAUGUGAAAGGCUCUGAGAAGGAAAUUUGCAACCCACACCAAACUAUGUUAGCUCAUAAGGCGGCGAGGAAAGAAGAUAUGGCAAAACUUUGAUCCAUCCAGCACUAAUUUUAGUUUGACCAGUGCAGAACAUGAAAAGGACCCUAACUUAAGGAAACCGACUUCUUUGAGCUGUGGUAAGAGUUGUGCUUUGCCUCUUCCAAGCAUGAAGAGGUGUGUGUAUAUAUAUAUAUAUAUAUAUAUAUAUAUAAGACGAAGGACCUAUUCUUGGCAUCAGCAAUCUUGCAACAAGGAGGCAAGCUAUCAUGGGCAACUGCAGUGGUCUUCAUUGUAGAAGUGUAACAAUCACGAUGGUCAAAUGAACUCAAGAUAACGAGACAAGUGUCACGAUGAGUGAGGCAGACAUCAUUUUCACUAUCAUGCGGGCGAUGGUGAUGGCUACUUGCAGGGAAAGAUCCAAGGAGCUGAAGAAGGAUCGCAGAUUUGAUUCCAUGGGCGCUGCUCAUGAAGGGAUAAAGACGGUGGCCAUCGAAAAGGUUUGUGAGUUCACCACCAGCUCAGUUACUUGUGUCUGCAUAGUGACAUGGAACAUGAAUGGAAAGGCAUCCUCGGGCGACAUGGCGAAGCUCAUCGGCUGGCACAGAAGGUUUGAUCUUUUAGCGGUAGGGUUGCAGGAAGUCCCAAAGCAUGACGUCGGAGUGCAGUUGCAGGCUGCUCUUGCCGAAACCCACCGGUACUUCAUUCUUACUGCUUCAUAUCUUGUGGAACUUCUCAUAUACCGUCCUUCUUUUAGCCUCUUGGCAGCAGCGACGAUGCAAUCGCUGCAACUGUUUGUGUUCGGCCCCAAAAACUCCCAACCCUUCGCGAAAGAGACGAGGGUGGACAAGCACGCAGUCAGAGGCUGUGGAGGGUUGGUAGGAAGGAAGAAGGGAGCCGUGGGCGUGCAUAUCGAGUUCAAUGGAAUCCGCAUGGUCUUCAUUUCCUGUCAUCUCUCAGCUCAUGCGCGCAACGUGGAGGAGAGGAACUCCCAGUGCAGGCACAUCUCCCACUCGCUCUUCGCCAAGGACGGGAAUCCAUGUCGAAGGCAUUGCCAUGUGACGGUGUGGAUGGGAGAUCUCAACUACAGAUUGCAGGGAAUCAGCACCCACCCAGCACGAAGCCUGAUCCGUAAGAACCUUCACAACCUGUUGACGAGCAAAGACCAGCUGCUCCGGGAAGCGGAAAGUGGGGAAGUGUUCGAUGGGUACUGCGAAGGGAGCUUGUCGUUUAAGCCGACGUACAAGUACGACGUGGGGAGCAACAACUACGAUACGAGCUACAAGGUCAGAGUGCCUUCGUGGACCGACAGAAUCUUGUUCAAGAUCGAUAGCUCAUCGGGGAUCGAUGCGGCGUUGCACUCCUACGAGUCGAUCGAUCGAGUCAAGACCUCUGACCAUAAGCCAGUGAGGGCCCACCUGUGUUUGAAGGUAUCAAACAUAACAAAUGAAUUUGGAAGACAACAUGGAUAGCAGAACAGGGAAGAGUACCAGUGGAGCAAUCAAUGCCAGCAAAGCCACUGUCACACUGACAGGCACCAUUUGGAUGGCAUGUGCCAUGCUCGCUAC